AUGCGGGAAUACACAAAUCUGGGGCACAUGCGAGAGGUGCCACCUGAGGAAAACGGUACUGGAAAUCAAUUUUAUCUACCACACCACCCAGUUCUGGGUCGGAAGCUACGAGUAGUUUUCGAUGGAUCUUCUCGUGAUGCCAAUGGUAAGGCUUUAAAUGACUCCCUGUUUACAGGUCCCAGUAUCCAGCGCGAUCUAUUUGCUGUGUGCCUUCGUUUUCGAAUGUACAAAUUUGCAUUCUCAGCGGAUAUCGUAAAAAUGUUCCGCCAGAUAAGGGUCAACGAAAAGCACAGAAACUCCCAGAAAAUCGCUUGGAGAGAAUGGAUGGAUCUUCAUCCAUCCGAUCUUAUCAAGCAUUUCCAAUUGUGCACAGUAACCUACGAAACUUCAUGCGCACCAUUCCUGUCUGAGCGAGUGCUGGAACAACUUGCUGUCGAUUAUCAAGAGGAAAACCCAAAUGCGUCGAAAAUCCUGCUGGAGGAUUUCUAUGUAGAUGACGUUCUUACUGGGUCAAACAGUGAGGAUGAGCUACUACGGAACCGAAACGAGCUGAUUCAGCUGAUGUCUCGUGCAAACCUUGAACUCGGGAAAUGGGUAUCCAAUACACCAUAUAUACAAACGGAUGAUAGCGACACACAACCUGCACAAACGUCACCAGUAAAGGUUCUCGGACUUUACUGGCAUCCUGGAAAAGGCAUUCUAACGUACAAUGUCGGUCUAGCUGAAAAUCCUGAUUACAAAAAGAGGCAAGUCUUCUCUUCAGUAGCCUUCCACCUUGCCAUAUCGAUGGUAUGCCUCGUCCUUAUCCAGACACGGCGAAGUGCAUGA